AUUGCGUCUGUGCAGCUCUACUAAUUAAUUUACUAAGGCUCAGUGUGACAAUUCCAUCGGUACAGUAAGAAGCGAUUGUUCAGACGGGAACUGUUAAAAUCAAUUUACUUCUGUGAUAACUUUUGUGAUUCUGUGAUUAAUUUCUUAAUACAAUAUCGUCAAAAUGGAUGAAAUUCAACUCAGCAAAGAUCAAAUCGCACAGUUGAAAAUGGGUUUCGAUGCGUUCGAUCCUGACAAGAAGGGAACAAUCACCACCGACACAGUUGGCACCAUUUUGAGCAUGAUGGGGAUGAAAAUUCCAACCGUGCAACUCAACUCGGUCAUCGGUGAAUACGAUCCAUUCGGAUCCGGAGAAAUGAAUUUCGAAGAAUUUUGUGGCUUAGCCUCCCGAUUCAUGGAAGAGGACACCGACACAGAGGCAAUGCAGCAAGAAUUGCGCGAGGCGUUCCGCCUGUACGACAAAGAGGGGAACGGUUACAUCACCACCGAUGUGUUUAGAGACAUUCUUCACGAAUUAGAUGAUGCGCUGUCCCCCGAGGAGUUGGACAUGAUCAUCGAUGAGGUGGACGCCGAUGGUUCAGGCACCGUCGACUUUGAGGAAUUCAUGGAGGUCAUGACAGGCUAAAUUAUCACGUUGGCACGAGGCGGUCGUCCCUCGUGGUCGGUCGCCACGAGAGGCGCAUAUAUAAAUGCAAGAUACCGUCUGCCUUUACUACACACGUGGAAAACGCGCGAUUUAUC